GUGACCAUGAAGUAAACAUUUAAAACAAGACGAAGCCUGAGCUGAACGUUAGUGUCACUGAACACAGCACAUCUCAGCUGUGUCAGUGUGACUCUAAGACAGGAUGAAAAACAGCUGGUCACCACGUUAAAGGAGCCGUACGCCGUGUCCAGGUCAUCAGUCAUCAGUCUCUGACUCUGAGACAGAUGCACUGCCACUGAAAGGAGACGUGAAGCUGUCAAGUAAUAAUAAUGUAAUAAGUCUUUUACGGUUUGUGAGCUUUAAUAUUUUGAAGCCAAACUAUUGAUCAGUAAUCAAUAGAACAUGUAUCCCUUCAGUCAGUUUGGAUCGAAUGUUUUCAGGAUGUAAAAUGUAGAGCCGAGCUGUUUCUCUGACUGACUGUUUCCAGGUUUUCAUACCUGGAAUAUUAUUGAGAACUUUGCACAUGCGCACUUUGGGUUCAGACCCGUCGUUUCCCCCCUCGCAUCACUUCCUGGUUUGUGUCGGGACUGUUUACGCCAGGUGAGAGCCUACAUUCAAAUACGCGCAGCGGGCGCGUGCGUUUCCGUUUCUUUUAUCUGCCACGACCCAGUGAUUUGCAUUCUGUUCAGAGACGCACGCGGUGGAUUGAAACAUGUCCCCGGCCGCUGCCUUCCACGCGCAGCUGGCCUCCAUCAUGGAGGUACUGGCCAACACGGCGGUGGCGGAAAUCUGCGAGCUCGUGGACAGCGGAUACUCGGUGCUACAGCUGGAGAUCUCGCGGAGCCGCAAAGAGAACGAGGUGCUGCGGAGGAAACUGCGGCUCAUGGAGCUCCGCGCCGCUCGCGCGACCGCCCUGCGAGCCGCGGCCACCGCCAGCGGUGCCGCGCUGCUGCACGCGAGCGGCCGGGCUCGAGCUCAGCUGCCCACUCAUCACCCGGGCAACGACCCAGGGAGGAACCGAACACCCGGAGGUGAGGUGCUGUCCAGAGUGCCCCCCCAGGAGCCGCCACAGUGCGGAGGCCUGAAGCCGCCCCCGGACUCUGGACAGGAGAGCACACAGCCUCCUGCAGGUGAGUCAGCCAACCUGACCACCGCAGUCAUCAAGGUGGAGGACGACGACGAGUCCUGGUCCCGGUCUGAGCAGGACAAGGGUUUCUGUGGUGUUGCUGAAGGACAGACGACGGAGACAGAAGCUCCACCUCCACUGACCAAACAGGAAACUGCAGACGGGGGUGGCGACUCGUCUCGAUCCUGGACGAAUGGGGAGGUCAGCUCCACCUCCAUGUCUGUCCAGAAAACCCUGAGCACCGGCCAGAAGUCAGAGAGCAGCGGUUAUGAAUGUGUGCUGUACGAGCCACAGCUCCAACACGGCUCCUGCACUACCCAGAAUCCUCUGAGUGAGGAUCCCGGCUGCUCGUACGUGUUGAAUGUUUCGGCUGAUUCGAGCGGCAGCAGCUUCCCUUUCACCGUCACCGAGGUGAGUCUGUCUGCAGCAGAGCCCCCGCAGCCCGCACUGUUCUCAGACGGCCAGCAGAGGGCGCCAUUAGCCGCAGAAGAGCCCCAGCAUCCAGUGAGGACAGAGGUGACGGAGGGACAAAAUACUUUCAUCAGGAGGGACGGGUGGAGACAUCAGGACGGAGUCAACAGAGCAGCCAACCACAGCAGAGAGGACGGCGGGGGGAAGUCGUUCGUCUGUAACUGCUGCGGGAAAACUCUGGCCUGUCUGAAGAACCUGAAAACCCACAUGAGGGUCCACACGGGCGAGAAGCCGUUCGUCUGCGCGCUCUGCGGCAAACGCUUCUCCGACUCCAGCAACCUGAAACGCCACCAGAGCGUCCACACCGGAGAGAAACGCUACGGCUGCGUCCACUGCGGGAAACGCUUCGCCCAGUCGGGGUCCCUGAAGGUCCACAUGACCGUCCACACGGACUGCAAACAGUUCAGGUGCUCGUUCUGCGGUAAGACGUUCAUAUCAGGCAGCCACCUGAGGCGUCACGUCACCGUGCACGGAGGAGAGAAACGAUUCAUCCCCACAUCACAGUGACACUGAGAGGGGGGGUCAGAGGUCAGAGGUCGUGCUGCUUUUACCCGAGUCAGUUUUAGGGGAACUAAACUAAAAACCAAACAGUGUUCAGUUUAUGUUGAGAGGCUGAUUCAGCUUUGUUGUUUUGAGUCAUCCUCUCCUGUGAAUGCAGUUUUUCAUACAGUCAGAUUUUUCUCGGCCACAUGACGUCACUUUGGAUUUGUCUGUUGUGUUGAGAACUUUUUCAAAUGGAGCCAGCUUCAGUUUGAUUUUGACGUUUCACGAUUUGACGAUUAUCUCAGAAACACAUCAUCACAUCAUCGACACUGUGCAGAUAAACGUGAGAACAUGUUCCGUCUGACAUUGUCAAACCACAGACAGUUUAUCUAAACCAAUGGACUGGUUGAUCUUUCUCCAUAAAAUGUCAGAAAGCAGUCAAAUGUAAGAUGUUUAAAUGUCUUGUUUUUAGUCUGAAACCUAAAACGCUUCAGUUUAACAGUAAAGAUGCAUCAGAUCCUCACAUGUGAGAAGCUGGAACCAGAGAGUGUUCAACCUUUUUGCUCAAGAACAACCAUAAACCCACUCAUCAUCACAGCUGAGGUCUUUUUGUUUUAGCAGUUGUGUUGGGUGACUCGUGUUAGAAGAAAAAAAACAAUCUGCAUGUUUGUCUUGAGGUAAAUCUGCAGCUUCUCUCCAUGAAUAACCAGCAGCUGUAUGUUGUUAUGGAUCAGUUUGAACGAGCAGAGAGGGAACGCUCAUGUUUACAUGCUGUGAUGCUGUCACUGCCUGUUUUCUGUGAUCCUGUCAUUUUGUAAUAAAAAGCUGCCGUCCUCCGUC